CUUUCAAGCAUAUAUCGCACUAACCUUAAAUAAAUGACACAGUUUUAAUGUAGUCUUCACCCACUUGGAAUGAUCUUAACAGAGGCUUUCUAAAAUCAACUUUACUUAAUUUUGGGUUUGAUAAUCAUUGUUGCCUACUGCUCCGGCAACAAGUGUUCUUCUCGUGUUAUGUCCAUCAUUACAAGAUGUACACAAGCAACCUGAGUUUUCGAUACAUCAUCACGUUUUAGUACCUCGGUUUCUUUCCAUGUCAGUUGUAUGUAAUUUUAUGAAUAUCCGUACUGUCGCUCUUUUAUCUUUUUAUCUCUGUUGGAGGGAGUUAAUUUGGCUAGAUAUGGUUAUCGAUGUUUUAAUUGGGUUUUGGAUAUAAUGCGCAGAAGAGGAGAAGCUUUGCCUCAGGUGCCAAAGGCGUACAUUAGAGUGAAGAACGAAGACAUGACGAUCUUCAUGGUUAAGAAGUAUCUGGUUACAAAACUUGGUCUUGCCAACGAAAAUGAGGUUGACAUCUUAUGCAUGGGACAGAGAUUGUUGAAUGUGCAAAGCUUGAAGGUGGUGCGGGACGCUAUUUGGAUACCUGCACUUGUUGAUUCUUUGAACUCUUCAUCUAAAUCACUUGUCGGCAUGCCUACCCCUAAUCUAAUGCCAUUACUUUACCAAAAAAUAUAGUCGUCUCUAAUAUAUAACUGACAUCAUCAUUUUGUAGCUACCUAGCUCUAAUUUUAUUUUAGUUAUCAAACUACAUGUGUUUUAGAUAUCAAUUUCUGAUCUUCUCGUCAUGUAAAACUAAUGCCGCCCUUAUAAUUUGUUUUUCUAUAUAAUUAAGCACUUGCUUGACUCCUCCAUCAGCAUGUUAUAUAAAUCUAUAGUUCAUG